ACGCUGCUUGCAGUGCUCUGUUUCACUCUCCCCUUGCUUCUCCUGCAAUGUCACUUCUUCCUCACUCCAAUCUCCUCCCUUCAACCCUCCACUCCUUAAGCCCUGCCACUGAGUUCUCUCGUAGCUUUACUAUCAGUCUACCCGCCUCUCCUCUCAGGAUCCUUUGCGCCGCCAAAAGAACCGGAAAGCAGAGGUACCCCUCGGAGAAGAAGAAGCUGAAAUUGAAGCGGAAGGAGUCUCUGAAAGACGUGACGAACAAGUUCGAGGGGUUCUGGAGGGUCUCGAAGCUCGCCGUUCCCGUCAGCAAGGACCCCGGGAAGGAUUUCCUCGGUGUCUCUGAUGGGCUGCUCGAGGAGAUUGCCAAGGUUCUGGAGUUUCCGGUUGCUUCAAUGUUGCCUGCAGAAGCUUUCACUGUGGUCAGGAAAUCUUUUGAUGCAAGGAAGAUAAUGAAGGAGCCCAAAUUUGUGUAUACAGUGGACAUGGAUGUGAAUAAACUUCUUGAUUUAGAGCCUCGCACUUGGGACUUCAUUGAUCGUUUGGAGCCGAUUAGUGGGCUAGUGGAACACAUGCUUCAUAAAAAAUGUUCUGGAGAUUUAAUGAGCAUAAUACAUGACUGUAAGAAAGCCCAUGAUGGUACAGUCCAUGAUGGUACACAACUGAGAGAUUGCAAUGGAAAGGUUAGGUCUGGUUCUAGGGGCGAGUGCAAGAACAGUUCAGGUGCAAAACCGAGAAUUGCUGUUGUGGGCAGUGGGCCAUCUGGACUGUUUGCUUCUCUUGUUCUCGCUGAGCUUGGUGCAGAUGUUGCCUUGUUUGAAAGAGGCCAAGCUGUUGAACAAAGGGGCCGGGACAUUGGUGCUUUGGUCGUACGACGGAUUUUACAGCUGGAAAGCAACUUUUGUUUUGGGGAGGGUGGUGCAGGUACAUGGAGUGAUGGAAAGCUGGUAACUAGAAUUGGAAGGAACAGCGAGAGUGUAUUAGCGGUUAUGAAUACCUUAGUUCAUUUUGGGGCUCCGGAAAGUAUUUUGGUUGAGGGAAAGCCUCAUCUGGGAACAGAUAGGUUGGUUCCCUUACUAAGGAAUUUCCGGCAACAUCUCCUACAGCUUGGAGUUGCCAUCAAAUUUCAGUCGAGGAUGGAGGAUCUGCUUAUAGAAAAUGGGCAUCUCGUAGGGGUCAAAGUCUCUGAUUCGAGUGAUAGAUCUCCAAUUAACAGUCAAAGCUACAAGUAUGAUGCAGUCAUUCUAGCUGUUGGACAUUCUGCUCGUGAUGUGUACCAAAUGCUUCUUUCUCAUAAUCUGGAGCUGAUUCCUAAAGAUUUUGCAGUCGGCUUGAGAGUUGAGCAUCCGCAAGAAUUAAUAAACCAUAUCCAGUAUUCAAGGUUGUCAUCAGAAGUCCGAAGAGGGAGAGGAAAAAUUCCAGUGGCAGAUUAUAAGGUUGCCAAGCAUGUCAGGGGCCAGUUUCUAAAUGCAUCCAUUGAUGAAGGGACAAGACGUUCUUGCUACUCAUUCUGCAUGUGUCCUGGUGGACAGGUCGUUCUGACUAGUACAGAUCCGUCAGAGCUCUGUAUAAACGGCAUGUCAUUUUCUCAGCGUUCUUCCAAAUGGGCAAAUGCUGCUUUAGUCGUAACCGUUUCUGGAAAGGACUUCGAGGCUCUCAAUUGCCAUGGCCCCCUUGCUGGAGUUGACUUCCAGAGGGAACUUGAAAGAAAGGCAGCUGUAAUGGGUGGAGGAAAUUUUACGGUUCCUGUGCAGACAGUAACGGAUUUUCUAGAAAGAAAGUUGACAGUAACAACUCUCCCAUCUUCGAGUUAUCGACUUGGAGUCAAAGCAGCUAAUCUCCAUGAUCUAUUCCCCAUUCACAUUGCCGAGGCUUUGCGGCAUUCCAUUUCAAUAUUUGAUGAAGAGCUGCCGGGUUUUAUCUCCAAAGAAGCCCUCCUCCACGGUGUUGAGACUAGGACCAGUUCUCCCAUACAAAUUCCUCGUAACAUUGAAACUUACGAGAGCACAUCAUUAAGUGGACUUUACCCUGUUGGAGAAGGCGCAGGUUAUGCAGGCGGAAUUGUUAGUGCGGCAGUUGAUGGCAUGUAUGCUGGUUUCGCGGUGGCAAAGAGCUUUGGUUUAUUCCUGGGAGAUGUAGAAUCAAUCUUGGGAAGAGCUCACAGUAUGAGUUUUGCGAGUUAUUAGAAUUCAUGCACGGGUCCCCAUUUUUGAGUUUGAUGGUGCAGAUGUAUACUAGUUGACCCGGCAAGCUCAUCGCUUCGAAGAAGGUGGAUAUGGAUUUCAUGUAACAUCAUGCUCAAGGAGACCAAGAUUUUGUAUUAUCUUCAUAGAACUAAUCAUACCUGAACUCAAACUUUUCUCAGCUGAACCAACCUGACAAGGGUUCAUGUUUGGGCUCUUCCUGAUGUAAUCCAUUUAUAUCACACAAUACACAUGCUUGCCUUCUUGCAGCAGUAUCGCGAUAUCUUUAGCCAAUAUUUUUCUACUAAAUAAAACACGGAACUGGUGGGCAGGAAAGUCUGAACGACAGUGGUCCGAUGCUCAUUGCUGUCUUUCGACGUUCAGUUACCGAGCCAAAUCAGGCCCCCCUUGUAGAAUAGAUUAUAUUAUUGGCUUAAAUUUCUGGGGAGAUUGCAAAGCCAAAUCUAUAUAGAAAAUUUUGCUGUACAUGUGAAAGAGAUCUUACGAUAAGUAAGUUGGAAAGUACUACAUAUACUUUGAAUUAUUUGAUGUUUAUAUGUGAUGGUACGUAAACCGAA